AUGGUAGACACAACCAACAACAGAAAGCUCAUGGUUGACACAACCAACAACAGAAAGCUCAUGGUUGACACAACCAACAACAGAAAGCUCAUGGUAGACACAACCAACAACAGAAAGCUCAUGGUUGACACAACAGCAGAAAGCUCAUGGUUGAUUCAGCCAACAACAGAAAGCUCAUGGUUGACACAACCAACAACAGAAAGCUCAUGGUUGACACAAUCAACAACAGAAAGCUCAUGGUUGACACAACCAACAACAGAAAGCUCAUGGUUGACACAACCAACAACAGAAAGCUCAUGGUUGACACAAUCAACAACAGAAACACCAUGGUAG